AUGGCCUCCCCGCCAUCAAAGCCUCUAAUAUUCCCUAAUGAGAAGCCACCCCUCAAGCCACCAGAUCUGAUGACUCCAAUAGCAAAAUCAGCAGUAGAUCCGCCCUUUCAGCCUCGAUUAGCUUCAACGGGUUCGCCAAACACCCGUCACUUCUUUGCAAUGGGUCAACGACCAGAUCCCUAUCGAAAUCUCCCACCUCCAAUAGAUACCCGUUUUGGCCUACCCAGGCAACUGACUCCCCAAUAUGGUCCCUAUCGUCGGGAUCAUGCCCUAUAA